CAGGCGCAACAUGGCUGGUUUCAAAACUUGAUCGAGAACUUUGGCAGUGUCGAGUUGGAGAACAAGGGGAGCGUGGCCAGAGAUCACCUCGCAUUGGAAAGGACUUUCCUCGCGUGGUUAAGAACGUCGCUGGCUUUCGCCAGUAUCGGCAUCGCUGUCACGCAACUCUUUCGACUCAACACCUCGAUUGCACAGCCGCAUUCAUCAUCAGCGGAGCAUACUUCAUUCGUUGCUACUGGCAAGUUGCGCUCGGUUGGGAAACCCUUGGGCGCUACAUUUUUGGGCAUAUCAAUUCUCGUCUUGCUCCUGGGAUUCCAUCGCUACUUCGAAAGUCAACACUACGUGAUUCGAGGCAAGUUUCCAGCAUCCCGAGGAACCAUUAUCAUCAUCUCGGUCGUCGCCUUUGCACUCAUUGUGGCCAGCUUGGUCGUGGUCCUUGCCGUGGCACCGCACGCCUUCGAG